GGGGGAUCCCUGGCCUCGGCGGCGUGCCUCGAGGCAUGGCCGCCCUGCCCGGCGGCCUGCCCGGACUGCCGCAGCUGCCAGGCCUGCCGCCCAUCCCCAGCAUGAUGGCCGGGAUGCCCGGCAUGCCCGGCAUGCCCCCGGCCGCAGGCAUGGGCGGCAAGGGCGGCCAGGCAGCCAUGGAGGCCUGGGUGUACCGGCAGGCCGCCGAGGCCUACGACAUGGCGAAGAAUGCGGGGGUGCGGCCGGAGGUGCAGGAGCUGGCCGACCACCACGGGCUGGACGAGCGCGCCACACGCGCGCUGGACGAGGAGAUGAAGAAGCGUUUGGACACGUUCGACAGCGACAUGCAGGCCCUGUGGGUCGGCCUGGAGG